AUGUUGUUACUAUAUUUAGUAUUGUUGGUGUUAAACUCAGCUAUAACCUUAGCUGUCCCUCCUAAAUUUGAAGGAUCGGAUUUACAAAAGCAAUAUUUGGUAACUGAUAUUCCGGGACUCUAUGAAAAUAUACCCGAAGACAAGAUCCCUCUUAUGUUUGCCGGUCAGUUGCCAAUCUUUCCCGAUACAAACACGUCAUAUUUCUUUUGGAAGUUCAGCGAUCCUAAAAAGACAGAAUAUAACCACAAUAGAACGAUAUUUUGGUUUAAUGGUGGGCCAGGGUGUUCAUCGAUGGAUGGGGCGCUUUUGGAACUAGGCCCAUUCCGUGUCAACCCAAAUCUUAAAAUCAUUUAUAAUGAAGGAUCUUGGCACCACGCUGCUGACGUUGUGUUUGUGGAUCAGCCACCUGGAACUGGAUUUAGUACCACCGACGGCGAACAUUACUUGUCAGAUUUAGACCAAGUGCGUGAUUACUAUUUGGUAUUCAUGAAGAAGUUUUUUGAAAUAUUUCCUAGUGAUGCGAACAAUGAGAUAUACUUGGCUGGUGAAAGUUAUGCCGGACAGUAUAUUCCAUACGUGGCCGAUGGGAUAUUGACACGUAAUAAAAAUUUGACUAGUGAAGAGAAACCUUAUGAUCUUCGUGCGGUAAUGAUUGGAAAUGGGUGGAUAUCGCCAAAUGAACAGAGUUUAUCUUAUUUACCCUUUUGCUAUGACAAUGGAUUAAUUACCUCGGCCAAUCCACAGUUUAGUAAUAUUUUACAAAAAGCGGAAGAGUGUCAGAAAAUAGUCGAUAAAAUCGAUUCAAAUUGGAAUGACAUAGAAGUCCAUGGCUACGAAGUAGACACUGGCGUAUGUGAGGGAAUUUUAUCUGAUAUUCUUUCUGCAACGACUCAAGACGACAAGUGUAUAAACAUGUACGACUUUAGAUUGACAGAUUCGUCACCUGCUUGUGGUAUGCAUUGGCCCUUGGAAUUGAAAUACGUUACUCCGUUUUUGCACCAAGAUGAAGUCAUGCAUGAUUUGAAUUUGCAAACUUUAGUAAGAUGGCAUGAAUGUACCGGAAGAGUGGGGAAUAAGUUCAGGGCCAGACAUUCUGUGCCCGCUGUUCAUUUACUACCUCGAUUAACCGAACAGAUUCAAGUUCUUUUAUUCAAUGGGGACAAAGAUAUCAUUUGUAACAGUAUGGGCACGCUCAACUUCUUGAAGAAGUUGGAAUGGGGUGGAAAUAAGGGAUUUGGUCCGCCAGAUUUGGAAGAGAAGUAUGAUUGGAUUUUCGAUGGAAGUAACAGUGGAUAUAUUAAAUCAGCAAGAAAUAUGACCUUUGUUAAUGUUUAUAACUCGUCUCACAUGGUUCCUUAUGAUGUGCCUAAGGUUUCAAGAUCCUUGAUUGAUUUAGCCACGGGGAAUUUUGACAAGAACGAAACUGCAUAUAUUACCUAUCCUCUUGGAACCAAGCGGGAAGUGGCUCCUUUAAAAGAAGUGGCCAACUUGACAGAAACAACCACUUCACCCACUUCCCCGUCAUCUACAUUAUCACCUAGUUCUUCGUCCACAUCAACUGCAGAAACAAAAGGAAAGAACGAACCAACGAGCAAUCGCAUCACACGAAUCAUUCAAUUGUUGGUAAUACUAGUCAUCUUAUGGGGUAUUUAUGCCUUGUAUGCAUCCUAUAGAUCAAGACCAUCAUCCAUAAUCAAAAAGAGAAAUGUAUCCAACUCAACCACAGGAACCAAGAAGAAGAAUGUCCAAUGGGCAGAUCAAUUGAGACGAUUUGAAGAUGAAUUGGACGAUUUCGUUCCUAGUGACAGCAAAUCUGGAUUUUUGACUAGAACAUUCAAUAAAUUGUCUAGUGUUGUUGGGAGAGAUAGUAGUCGUGGUAAUUACGCCCCUGCUUCUUCACAUUUUACUGAUGAUAUCGAGUUGCAAGGAUUAAAUGACGCGCGCAUUGACGACUUUAUAAUUGGUAGUGAUGAUGAAGAAGAAGAAGGAGAAGAAGAAGGAGAAGAAGAAGAACAAGAACAAGAAGUAGAAGAGGAGCAACCACUUAGCCAGGAAUCUGAAGGUACAAAGAAAAGCCUAAUUGACGAACCCAGUGACAAGUAGUUUGAAUAAAAUAUAAAGUAACUCUAU